UCCGCCAAAUGCUGAUCUCGUCACAUCUCGCGAUAGUUCCUCACUCACUUCUUCCGCCCCGACAAAGACGAAGGAGCAGAAGGGAUCGUCUUCGAAGAUGCCUCAGAGAACAACAGCCGUUCAUUCAGACUCACAUGAGCAGAGCAUCCUGAGCAAAUUCGACAACCUCAGGAAACGGGACCUUCUGUGCGAUGUCACGUUAGUUGUGGAGGACGUGCACUUCAGGGCGCACAAAGCUCUGCUGGCAGCGAGCAGCGAGUACUUCUCCCUCAUGUUCACAUCGGGAGAUCACAUCAGCCGGUCGACCUUUACACUGGGCGGGAUGGAAGCAGAGAUGGUCUCCGCGGUGCUGGAGUUCAUCUACAGUGCACGCGUGUCCCUGGAGGAGAGUUCCGCUGAGCAGCUCCUGGCCACGGCUCAUCUCAUGGAGGUCGGCGACCUUGUCAGAGCGCUCGCUGAACUCACACGCUCUGCGGCAGGGGUUAGAGGUGACAAGGCCAAGGUGCCCGAUCUGUCCAAACGCAAAAAAGGACGACCAAAGAAAAAUGAGGACGUGUCAGUGAAGAAGCUGGAGGACUCUGAGGAGCGUCGGGCUGGAGAUGUGGACUUGCUCGCUGAAGGCGAUUCAGAUUAUAACCCACCGGGGCCCCAGAGUCGACAGAGCAAACGCAAAAUCAGGCCUCCAAUCAAGUACAAGAGUUACAAAGUGGACCAGGAGACAGCGGUGGACAAAGAGCCUAAGAAAAGAGGGAGGAAAAGAAAGUAUCCAAACACGGAGCCUCGAUGUGAGGACUGUGACAAAGUGUUUAAUAACCACCACUUGCUCAAAAUUCAUCAAAGAACUCACACAGGAGAGAAGCCUUUCCGGUGCCAGGUCUGUGGGAACAGCUUCACCCAGAAGCACACGCUGCUCGUUCACCAGCGCAUCCACACCGGAGAGAAGCCGUUCGUUUGUACCAUCUGCUCCAAGACGCUGUGCACCAAGCACACGCUGCGAGAGCACAUGAACCUCCACAAAGAGGAGAAGUCCUUCAACUGCGAUAAAUGUGGAAAGACUUUCACUCAGAAGAGGCAACUUAAGAGUCAUUACAGAGUUCAUACAGGGAAAUCGUGGCCGGAAUGUGCUCAGUGUCAUCACAAGUUUUUGGACACGGCUCAGCUGAAAAAACACCUGAGAACUCACACAGGGGAGAAGCCUUUCACCUGUGAGAUUUGUGGGAAGUGUUUUACAACCAAGAGCACACUGCAGACCCACAUCCGCAUUCACAGAGGUGAGAAACCAUACGAGUGCCCCAUCUGCCACAAGUCCUUCUCAGACCCCAGCGCGAGAAGACGACACGUCACCUCUCACUCCGGAAAGAAACCUUUCACCUGCUCCUCCUGCAACCUGUCCUUCACCCGCCUGGACAAUCUGAAAACUCACACCAAGACCCACAGGAAGGAGCGAGCGGCGUCCACCGAGUCCUCGUCAGACACGGCGGCAGAAGCAUCGGCCGCACCUCAGGAGGAGGUCCGCAACAUCCUGCAGCUUCAGCAGUACCAGCUCCCCUCCGGCUCCCAGCAGGAGAUCCAGCUGGUGGUGACCGGAGAUAUGAAUAACAUUAACUUUGUGCCGGGUCAGGAGCAGGAGAUCAGCAUCAUCACCACAGAAGGGGAGACGGCAGAAUCGUCCGACUCCCGACUCACCCUCCUCACGCAGCCGUCGGGACACAUGCAGAACGUGGCCCUGGUCGCUCAGGGCGCCAUGGUGGACCACGGCCCUCAGAUCCAGACCGUCAGCAUGCUGGAGGGACAGAUGACGCACCCGUCGGAGCAGAUGCAUGUCAUCACUCUGAGUAAAGAGGCGAUGGAGCAGCUGCAGUCCCACCACGGGCCCCCGCAGCCCCUUCAGAUGGCACAGCGCCCCGUGCCGCAGCUGCAGAUGAUGCAGCAGCCGCUCCAGCAGCUGGCCGUCUCUCAGCUGGGCAGGGAGCAGCACAGUCAGGCCAUUCACAUCAGCAGCCAGAGCGGCCAGCCCAUCUCCAUCAGCCAGACCAGCGAGCAGAUCUCCAGCCACCACAUCCAGGGACAAACCUUUCAGAUCCAGGCCGGAACCGUCUCCUACCUGUACACCACCGGGCUCCCGCAGGAGAGCUGAGGGCGCCCGGCUGACGGAGGACGUGAAUGUGACUCUGAGGAAUCUAAUAUGAAAUAUGCUGCUACAGUACACCAGUAUAACAGACUGGUUUUUACUGCUUUUCCCCACUGUAGAGCAAUGGAUUUACAAUCAUGUUCUUGUGAGAGGAAAUCCUGAGAGGAAAAAUAAAAUAAUAUGCA